AUGUCCACUUCAGAUGAUGUAUUUCAGACACUCUCAGAGAUCUUCUCGACUAGAAACAGUCAGGUUCUUGAAAUCGAAAUUCUCUCUCCAGGAUUCGGCCCUCUCCUCCAAGAUGGACGUUCGAUAGGCAUCACCAAGAAAGCGUUGGUGCAGGCCUUUGCGGUUGCUAGAAGCAUAUUCUUCGACCUUAUCGGUGAUUCUUUGGAUACAAGUCCUCAUGAUGAAAAAUCUCGGUCUAGAGUGGAUGAUCUUUUGGUCUCGUCUGAGAUUCUCCUGCUCUUUGACUGUGAGCAUCUCACGGCUUGCAAUUGGAGAAAGAAGCGACUGGCAGCUCUGAUACAAGACCAAGAUUCGUCAAAUGGGAACAGUCCAGGAUAUGAGAAUCUCAUUCAAAUCCUGGAGUCGGAACUCACCCUGAUGACGACAUAUCUCUGCUCUCCACUGCAUCGACAUACCAAGUCUCCUACUUUAUGGCAGCAUCGGUCCUGGGUGCUGACUCAAACCAUUAGAGGUCGAAGUCCCAACCAGGAGCUGUUUACAACAGAACUGACAGUCGUGCUUCGCGCCGGAGAACUACAUCCCAAAAACUACUAUGCGUUUAGCUACAUACGACAGCUACACCGCGCGCUUUCAGAAAUUGGCAAAGAAACCGGGGAUACUUUUGAAUUAUUAGCUCAAUCAGCCAUUCACCCGACUGUUAGCUGGUGUUUGGCUCAUCCGCGUGAUAUCUCAGGCUGGAUGUUCGUUGUCUAUCUAAUGGAGGCUGUUCCGGAUAGAGAAAUUCAUAACGAUAUCAUCAACAAAGUAAUCCGAUUCGCUCUGGAUGUCGGGUGGGAAGGCGAAAGUCUUUGGACGUUUAUUGACCUGGCUGUCAAGACUUUCGGUGCAGAGACAGCUCAGGAAGCGUUUCGAACCUCUACAGACACGAUCCCAACCACACCCAUCCAGCCCAGCGAAUUCGAGACUGGCAAGGCUAUAUCAGAAAAGCCGUGGAGGAUCUGGCUGGCCAGGGCAAGGGACUAUUGGGCUAAAAGUCAGCAACCCAGUCUGUAA